AUGUCAUGUCAACGGUGCAAAGAGCUUUAUGCGAGAGUUCGACGAGCGCAAACUGUGUCCGAUUCUGGUUCCCAUCCUAGUACACUCGAACUCGCGUACAUGGUUAAUCUUGAAUACUCGAUCGAAAUGAGUCAUGAUUGCCUGCACAAGAUUCCUGAGAGUCGAAAAGCAACGAUCAAAGUGAAGGACAUGGUCGAGUAUCUGGACGAGAGAAACUGGGAGCUGUGCACUAGAACGAAAAACAAAGGCUUCACGUGCUCAUCUUUCAUCAACCAUCCCGCAAAGAGGCUGGUGAUCGUGCAUCGGGGAACUCAACUGACCAAUUUUUUACAACUCAAAGCAGACAUUCGAAUCGCAUUGAACUUGAUCACGUCAAGCAUUGUGGCGGCUGCCGAUUGGCACACGUUACAAUCAAUACUAAAUAACACACUCCAAGUUGGACGAGGGGACGCGACGCUUCGUACGCAACGACUACUCGGUGACAAUCACUGGGCACAGAAACAUCCAGCUUUCUUUCCCGUUGACCCGCGUGGUAAGUUCUCCUUUGGCAAUGACACUAUGCUUGAUAUGAAUCAAGCAAACGACUUACAUUGUGUGGCGUUUGAUAGUCCGGGUGCGAAUGCGGUUUUGACAAGACUCAAGGAGGAUCCGGGUUGGCUAAAUGGAGGGCCACGAGAUGUCGAGAUCGUCUUGCAGACACUCGACAUUACGGUUUAUCUGGCAAAUCGUAACCUCGUAAACUGGUGCGGCACUCACGUGGGCACCGUGAAAACGAUCGAUGUUAUGUCGAGCGCCUCGUUUUUCACCAGAUAUUUUAAUCCAAUCGCCUCGCACGGAAUGGAGGGAAUUUUAGCCUAUUUUCAAAAUAAUUCCAACGCU